AUGAAAUAAAAUUUGGAAGAAAUAGCAGCCACAAUUCCAAAUUAUAAGAUGGUUGAUGGGAAGUACUACAUUAAAACAACAAAACUUGGAAAAGGAAAUUUUGCAGACACGUAUCUAUAAAGAUUUAAAAAAGUCAUUUAGCUACAUUGAAAGAAAAUGAGAAAAUAGUUUUUGCCUGCAAAUUGAUUGCAAAACAAAAUAUAAUUGAAAAGCUCAAAAAGAGUAAUAACCCAGAAAGCAGAAAAGAAUAUAUAAUCAACUCAUUAAAAAUAGAAGUAUCAGAUUUCGCAUAUAUUGAUUAGGUUUCAUUAUGGAAGUAAAUGGAUCAUCCUAACAUUGUUAAGUUCAUUGAUUUCUCUGAGACUCCAAAUAAUAUUUAUUUCUUUUUGGAAUACUGCAAUGGUGGUGAUUUGGAUAUGCUCAUCAAAGACAAAGGAAAAUUGAAUGAAUAAGAGACUGUUGAUAUUUUUCUUUAGAUUGCAGAAGGAUGUUCAUACCUAUAUGACAAAAGUGUUUUCCAUAGAGAUCUAAAGCCAGAAAAUAUAUUGAUACAUAAUGGUACAGCAAAAUUAGCAGAUUUUGGUUUUGCUAAAGUAAUCGAAGAGGAUAAAAAAGAUGUGGCUGCACAUGGUACAUCAGUAGGAACACCUUAUUACAUGGCUCCACAGAUUUUAGCAGGGGAAGAGUAUUUAUAUAGAAAUAAUUUAUUUAGCUAUUGCAUAAAAUGUGAUGUGUGGUCUUUGGGUGUAAUUCUGUAUUAAAUGUUAUUUGGAGUGCUUCCAUGGAAAGAUACAAAUUCUAUAAUGUUGUUGCUGAAUGCUAUCAAUAAUUAGAAAAUUCAAUUUCCAAAUACAAAUCCAGUUAGUUAAGAGAUGAAAGACUUAAUUACAGUAUUAAAUAUAUUUAUGAAUUAUUAGAAAAUGCUGUAAAAGAAAGAAGAAGAUCGUAUUAAUAUUAAGGAAGUGUGUGAGUCAUUGAAAAAAAUAAAAAAGUGAUAUAAAAUAUUAAAA